CUUUUCCAACCUUGGGCUCCAAGGUUCCUUUGCUCCCAGUUUCAUCGCGGCCACAUCCGGAAACGACGCUUGACCAGCUGACCAGGUUAUCGACCAAACAAACGGUGAACGCGCACAGGAAGAAGAGGCACAGACAUAGGCACAGCGACACAAGUGACGGAUCGACGGCCAUAGGGACCGCAUGUGAACCAUGGGCAAGAAAGGCGGGGCUGAGGUGAACAGCAAGAAGGCGGCGGGACAGGCUCGCAAGGCCGCAGCAGCCGCAGCCAAGGAGGAGGCUGCUCGAGCCAAGCAAGAAGCUCUAGAGGCGGCCGAGUGGGAGAAGGGGGCAAAGAAGAAUGACAAAAAAGCAGCUGAAGCCGCAAAGAAAGCGGAGCAGGCCCGGAAGAAGGCCGAACGCGACGCCCUGCUUGCCGAGGAGGAGAGGAACACGCCGGGACGAUCAGGACCCAAGAAUGCCAAGACGGCGGUUAAGAAGAGCAAGGGCCUGGACCUGUCGCAGCUCGAUGACGACGGCGGCAAGAGCCUGCCAGCGCUCAACGCAUCCGGCAUCGACAACGCGCUCGACGCGCUGUCGCUGACGUCCAGAGCCGACACCAAGAUCGACAGGCAUCCCGAGAGGCGGUACAAGGCGGCGUACGCGGCGUUUGAGGAGAGGCGGCUCGCCGAGAUGGAAGCGGAUGGCAGUGGGGCCGGUCUCCGGCUGAACCAAAAGAAGGAGAGGAUCAAGAAGGAAUUCGAGCGCAGCGAGGAGAACCCCUUCAACAAGCCCUCGGUGCGCUACGACGCUUCCAAGGAGGAGCUGGCGCAGCGCCAGGAGGAGGAGAGGAAGAAGAUCGAGGCCCGCCUGGCGUCGCCUUGAAGACCGACCUGGCCAACGUCUGCUUGGGGAAGCGACCUCGCGCGUCCAAGCAGGGGUGGGGCAAUAUCUGCGGGCUGGGGUCUUCAUGCGUCCGGCCCGGACGGGAAGGGACGGGAAUGAGCGGCAUGCAUCUCGUGGAUGCGGUCGUCCAAUGGCUGUCGAUCCCCUCUCGACCGGGUACGGGUCCACGAUUUUCGG